CUUUCCACAGUAGGAACUGGAAGUCUGGAAGUAAAUGUCUAGUGAAAUUGUUGAUAAAAUAUAUUACAAUUUUCACUAUCCAGAAUUUGUUAUGUUUUUAUAAACAUUAUUAAUACUUUGUAUGUUCAAGUUGUUCGACAUAUGAAAUAAUAAUUUCUUUAAUGAAUGUGUUCUCCGGUAUUGAGGUUAUGUGACUGUUUAAUUUUGCACAUAAAUCAGUGUAAGUUUAAAUAUUCAUUCAGUAUGCUUACUUUAGAAGAAAGAGUUAACAUUGCAGAAUUACUGAAUGGAAUGUCUUUGGAUGACCUGAACUCCUUGGCGUCGACGGUUACGAAAGGUCUUCUGAAAACGUGUACAAGACAAGAAGCAAAUGAAGCCAUCCUACAACAUUCAGACACAGUUGAAAGUAUCCUCAACAGAAAAAAAAUUUCAAGAGAGUUACUUUUCAAUUAUCUCCACUGGAAGAAAGUUACCACAGACAGUAAUUUGGACAAAAAAUCGCUGAUAAACUUGCUCACAAAUUACUGGAGAGAACAGUUGCAUAAUGGAGAAAAUCCUCCCACAGAGGCUAAUGUACAAUCCAAUGUAGUUCAGACCUCUGUAAACACGACCAGUCAGGUGAUCUCCACUCAGCUGGAGCCGGUACAAGUGGAUCUUCUGGCACUAAAGUUCACCGAGUGGUUCUAUCAACUGCUCAACAAGGACUUUUUGGAUGGCAGCAGUUUUGCACUUGGAUCAGAAAACUUCUGGAGCGACUCAACCAUACAAAUUAUGCUGAAUUCAAAUGGGGAAGUGGCCACUGAGGAAGCGGAGAGUGCUGCUGCAGUGGUGGCCCUUCUGGCGGAGAUUAAGCAGCGACACAAGCUGUAUUUCUCACCCAACCUGUCAGCAGAAGGUGUGAAGGGACGGUCGGAACCCCAUGGUCUGGUGGUGGUGUUAGUCUGCGGCACGCUACACCAGAGUGCAGGAGUGGUGGUUGGGCUGUUUGAGCAGACGUUUUACCUCAUCAGAGACCCAUUGACAAACAACUCGUGGAAGAUAAAACGAAGCCAGUUGAUGCUGACCAGCAAAUCUAAUGUCGCAGCUCUGCCUACACUCGGAGACGGUGAACUGACAAGACCACUUCUACCGAUACAAAGUCCUGACUGAUAGUGUUUCAUCAACAACAACAUUGAUGGCUGUAAUAUAUCAUUAUAUUAUAUAAAUAUGUACAUACUGUAUUUUACUAUUUUAAGGAAGUACUCGUAUUUUGUCAUAAAGUUGUUAUUGAACUGUU